UCCUCUCUCAAUCUCUAAAAAAAACAGAACAACCUUAAUUUAGAAAUAUGCAACAAACCUUUGAAUCCACCUUCAGUUUUUGCAACUCAAACAUCCUAGAAGAUCAAAACUCAAUUUCUGAAAGCCUCAUUAUCAGUGAUUACUUUAAGCAUCCCCAACAAUUUCCUAUUAACAUGUCACAAACACAAAUUCCUCAAACCUCUUUCUCAAAACCUCCAAAACAAUCCUCAAAUCUAAGCAAUAGAAAACCCUCUUUGAACAUCACAAUCCCUUCUUCCAUAACCAAAUUACCUCUCUCACAACAAAACAUUGAAAAAAGUGACAAAACCAAAAAUACAAAAGAAGAGGAAAAGCAUUAUAGAGGUGUUAGAAGAAGACCAUGGGGAAAAUAUGCUGCAGAGAUUCGUGACCCUAAUAGAAAAGGAUCAAGGGUGUGGCUUGGAACAUUUGAAACAGCCGUAGAAGCUGCAAGGGCUUAUGAUAAAGCUGCUUUUCAGAUGAGAGGAAGUAAAGCCAUUUUGAACUUCCCUCUAGAAGUUGCUUCAAUUUCUACUUGCAUCAAAGUUGGUGAGAAAAGGCAAAUAGAUGAAGGAAGCAACUAUGCUGAGAUUAAUAAUAAUAAUCACAAGAAAGUGAAAAAAGAAGAAGGGGUUUCAACAAUUUGUCCUUUGACUCCUUCAUGUUGGAAAGGGUUUUGGGAUACUGAUGUUAUGGGAACUAUCUUUAGUGUACCUCCUUUGUCACCAUUAUCUCCACUCAUGAUGGGUUAUUGAUAUUAAUUCAUUAUAAGAAAAGAUGCAUAUAUAUAUAUAUAUAUAUAUAUGGAAAGUGCUAAAUAGUAUAUUUUGUAGGUGAAGAUGAAUAGAUAUUGGUUGUUUUUACUUUUAGUGUAAAUAUAGGAAGUUUGAAGUUAGUGUUUAUCCAUUUGAUUCAUUUGUUUAUGUUUAUUUGGUCAGAGAAUAUUGAAAUUUGUUCAUUCGUUUAUUGGAGAAAUCAUAGCAAGAUUUGUAAC